AAAAGCGCGUGGUAAAAAGCUAACAAACAAACACGCAUGAAAACCCCCUCCACAUAAAUCCUUCCCUCUACGUCUACUCUCCCUUCGUUUUUGGGUGCUUCCUUGCACUACCACUACCUUCUCUCAGCGCAAUCCAGAUCUGUGCUCUCUCUAGAUAGAUAUGGAGAUCGUCGUCGUGGCCAUCGUCGCUUUGCUCUUAACUUGCUGUGUGUCGCAAGUGAGAUCGGAUGGAUCUGAUCACAGGUACAAACUUGGAGGUCUGGUUCCUCUUUACGCCAACAAGGUCGGUCCCUUUCACAAUCCAAGUGAAACAUACCGCUAUUUUGAUCUCCCUUUCUGUAUGCCAGAUGAUAUCAAAGAAAAAAGAGAAGCUCUUGGUGAAGUAUUGAAUGGAGACCGUUUAGUUAGUGCCCCCUAUAAACUUGAUUUUUUAGUUGACAAAGACUCUGAAAUUGUUUGCAAAAAGCACCUGUCGAAGGAAGAAGUUGCUCAGUUCCGAAAUGCUGUCUCAAAGGACUACUACUUUGAAAUGUACUAUGAUGAUUUGCCCUUCUGGGGUUUCUUAGGGAAGGUUGACAAGGACGACAAAGCUGAUGCCAGCGAGUACAAAUAUUACCUAUUUAAGCAUCUUCACUUUGAGAUCCUUUACAAUAAGGACCGUGUUAUUGAAAUUAAUGCGAAGACUGAUCCUAAUGCCCUUGUUGACCUCACUGAGGAUAAGGAAGUUGAAGUCAAUUCCGUGUACAGUGUCAGGUGGAAACACACUAACACUCCUUUUGAGAAGCGGAUGGAGAAGUACUCACAAUCUUCUUCACUACCACAUCACUUAGAAAUCCAUUGGUUUUCAAUAAUCAAUUCCUGUGUGACAGUUCUCCUCUUGACUGGUUUUCUUGCCACGAUUCUCAUGCGAGUCCUGAAGAAUGAUUUUAUUAAGUAUGCCCAUGAUGAGGAGGCAGCCGAUGACCAAGAAGAAACUGGCUGGAAAUACAUCCAUGGUGACGUUUUUAGGUUCCCGAAGUACAAGUCAUUGUUUGCUGCAGCUCUUGGUUCUGGAACCCAGCUAUUUACCCUUGCAAUUUUUAUCUUUCUACUUGCACUGGUUGGUGUAUUCUAUCCAUACAACAGGGGAGCUCUGUUCACUGCACUGGUUGUCAUAUAUGCGCUUACAUCUGGGAUUGCAGGCUAUACAGCAGCCUCUUUCUAUUACCAGCUGGAAGGAUCAAAUUGGGUGAGAAAUUUGUUAUUGACCGGAAGUCUGUUUUGUGGACCUCUGUUUCUCACGUUCUGCUUCCUCAACACUGUUGCAAUUUUUUACAGUGCCACAGCUGCAUUGCCAUUUGGUACCAUUGUGGUGAUAGUUCUCAUAUGGACUCUUGUCACAUCACCUUUGCUAGUAUUGGGUGGUAUUGCGGGGAAAAAUAGCAAGGCUGAGUUUCAGGCUCCUGUACGCACAACAAAAUAUCCUAGAGAGAUCCCGCCAUCGCCUUGGUAUCGUGGAACUCUUCCUCAGAUGGCAAUGGCUGGGUUCCUGCCUUUUAGUGCAAUCUAUAUUGAACUCUACUACAUAUUCGCUAGUGUUUGGGGUCACAGGAUUUACACUAUAUACAGCAUCUUAUUUAUAGUCUUCAUCAUUCUCGUAAUUGUUACGGCUUUUAUUACUGUGGCUUUGAUAUAUUUUCAACUUGCUGCUGAAGAUCAUGAGUGGUGGUGGAGGUCUUUCCUUUGUGGUGGAUCAACUGGUUUAUUCAUCUAUGCCUACUGCUUAUACUACUACUAUGCACGAUCAGAUAUGUCUGGUUUCAUGCAAACCUCAUUUUUCUUUGGGUACAUGGCUUGCAUAUGCUAUGGUUUCUUUCUCAUGCUUGGGAGCAUAGGUUUCCGUGCAGCACUACUCUUUGUCCGUCACAUAUACCGCUCAAUCAAGUGUGAGUAGUGUGUCAGUUGAUUAGUAUUCUAUUUCCAACUGUUAUGUCUUACAAAUAUGGGAUGGAAUCAUCCCUGAUCAAAGAGGAACAUUAGGACUUGUAAGGAGGAAGCUUGUACUAAAUACAUCCGACGUUUUGAGAAACAAUUCUUCUUCUUUUCACCUCUACACGUUGACAAUUUAUUUACCAUGAUAUGUUUUAGUUUAGUUUCUUUUUCCUCUUUCUUUUUUUUUUUUUUGUAUUAAUUUGUUACUUAGAUGUAGGGAAGCAAAUGUCACACUGAUCCCCCUUUGGCAUCGUCUUUGUUAUAAUGUUAUUAUUAUUUUUUCUUUUGUUUCA